AUGGCACGGCCUUCGCUUCCUCCAGAAAUCCUGGAGCGUAUUUUUCGCUCUAAUUUGAAGCAGCGUCCACAUGGUAUUGAGCCAAUUGCUGAGGGUGUAGACGAAGACGAAGACGAUUGUGGACGCACCUUCAGGGAGGAUGCGAACUUUCUUCUUCCUUGUUGCAGAAGAAUUGACAUCCGUUCCCUACGAACGAUCCAGCUGCUCCUACGGAGCGUGCAGGAAGAUUUCAUAGCACCAUGUCCCAUCCGGCACCUCGCACUGCGUACCUACCCUAGCCUGAGAUACCACUCAGUGAUACUCAGAAAUGAGUUUGCUGCCCUUGCGGCGCUCCUUCUCCCAAUUUGCACCGACCUACGAUAUCUCGAAUGCACCAGUGUACCGUUUGGCAAGUCUCUGACUACUGCAGUGGGAUCAUACCCUCCGCUCCUGUCGUUGCGCGAGCUCAGCGUCGGCCACGUAUAUUUUCGCGACCUUAUUCCUGUCUUGAUACACGCUCCCAGCCUCGAGAAGCUGGAUAUCACAUCACUCACCAAUUUCUGCCGCUACCCUGAUAAUCAUGCUAACCCUAUUGAUUAUGCCCCGCUGUCCAACUGGGUUGCACUUGCCCACCCGGUUACUCCCACAUUCAGCCUGCACCAUCUCCGCUUGUGCAGCACCAGACUGCAUCCUGACCAAAUCCCCUGGUUGCUUGCAUACUCGCGCAAUGUUGCCCUCAUUGAGCUGGAAGGCUACACAGGUGACAUACUCGGGGCGCUCGCGACCUCCACCGGCAGCGCCGUUCGCUCACUGAAAUUGACCGGAAGACAUCGGCUGGAAGAUCCCGUGGAUUUUGCCCAGCAUAUUUCUCUCUUCACAGGUCUGAAAGCACUGCAGCUUAGUCGUCAGGACGUAGCUAUGCAUGCGCUAUUACCUGCUAUCCGUUCCCCACUCGAAUCCUUGGGGGUUUAUUAUAGCGCUAUCACCAUCGCGAACCUCAUGGUUGCACUCUGCGAUAGGACCUGCCUUCCGGGGCUGAAGACAGUAGCUGUAUAUUGCGACGCCACUGUCCAACGAUUGAUCGAGGCUCAAAGAAGGCCUCUGGAGGACGUAUGUUCUGCCCGUGACGUCGAGUGCAUUUGGGAAACAUCCCCUACACCGAUUGCUCGCAUCGUCUGUGCGUAUCCUGAUGACUAG